GCAGCGCGAAUCCAGACAAAGUCAGUAGGACCCCAUCCACAUAAACAGAGGACUGGCGGGGCGCCAUGGAAGCCCUGCUGAGGAAGUCCGGUGUGGACAACCCCAGGUACAAGCGCCACAACUUCGACGGCGACGGCAUGAUUCUGUCCGUGGCCUUCAAGGACGGCCAAGCGUACUUCCGCAACCGCUUCGUCCGCACCACCGGCUUCGAAAAGGAACAGGAGGCUGGCCGGCCUCUGUUCCGCAACUCCUUCAGCCGGGGCAGUGCGGACGGCUCGCCCUUCUUCAACCCCUUCGACCUGUCCUUCAAGAACGUGGCCAACACGGGCGUGCUGGCCUGGGGCGGGCAGCUGUAUGCGCUGUGGGAGGCCGGCCUGCCCUACGCCAUGGACCCGACCAGCCUGGCCACCCGCGGCGAGAGCCGCAUGGGCGGCGCUCUCAAGGGCACCACCUUCGCCGCCCACUACCGCAUCACCACUGAGGCGGACGGCUCUCAGCGCUGGGUGUCGUUCUCCACCGCCACCGGCUUCGGCGGCAGCGCGGUCACCUUCUACGAGUUCGCGGAGGACGGCAGUCUGGUGCACGAGACAGUGCACAAGUUGGAGAACACGUCCAUGGUGUUCAUCCACGACAUGCUGGUCAGCGAGCACUACUACAUAAUCAUACUGGGGCCCAUCGAGUUCAGCGGCAAGAAGUUCGCGACGGAGUACGUGUUCAGCAAGUGCUCCAUCGCGGAGUGCCUCACCUACAACCCUGACAAGCCCGGCCGUGUGGUGCUGGUGCCGCGGCCGGGGCGGCCCAGCGGCAAAAGCACGUCCCUGGUGCCGCGCACACUGGAGAUCCCGCCCUGCUUCGUGUUCCACCACGUCAACGCCUUCGAGCCCGAGCCCGAGGCGGGCGUGGCGGCGGGGGCUGUCGCGGGGGAGCCGGUGGUGGUGAUUGACACGGUGGCGUGGGACAAGGUGUCGUUCGAGGUGAACCAGUACACCUACGGCCCUGACUACUACACAGGCGGCAGCCGCUCCCACCUGGUUCGGCUGGUGGUGGACCCGGCUGGUGGCCGUGUGACGCCGCACCGCCUGCUGCGCCGCACCGUGGAGUUCGCCAGCCCCGACCCGCGGGCCACAGCCCGGCCCCACAGCGCCGUGUUCGGCGGCUGCGACAUGGUGGACCACCCGCUGCACUGGGGGCCCAUACAGGGAGUGUUCCGCGCUGACAUCGACCCGCAGCUGGGCCUCACGCCCGCCACCUCCAGCGCCGCGGCCCGGCAGCAGGCGGAGCGGGCGGUGGCGGCGGGCGCCGACGGCACAGCGCCGGGCGUGAAGGCGGACGUGUGGUUCGCGGGCCCGCGGCGCUUCCCCGGCGAGCCGAUGUUCGUGCCCCGGCCCGGCGCCGACAGCCGCGAGGGCGAGGGCUGGGUGCUGGUAGCGGUACACAACGCCGACACACAGACCGGGGAGCUGGUCAUCCUGGAUGCGCAGCACCUGUCCAAGGGCCCCCUGGCCACCAUCCGCCUGCCGCACCGCCUGCCCGCCGGCCUGCACGGCUCCUGGCACGGCUCCUUCCUGGGCCCCGACCCCAGCCAGCAGCAGCAGCCUCGCUUUCAGGAGCUGGCCACCAUUCGGGCGCUGUGAGGGGCUGAGCAGCUGAUGAGGUGAAGAGGAGCCGAAGAGGAGAGAGGGAGAGGAGGAGGAACCGAAGUGGAGAGAGCGUGAGGAGGGGGUAUUGUGAGGUAAGGGGAGGGUGACGCCGUUGGCCAUUUUUGAGUUGGGAGAGUUGGGCGAGUUCGUGGAGUUGGUCCUGAGAGUUCUGAGGAAGAGCAGAGCGGAAGAUAUGCGUUUCGAUGCAUUUUGUGUGGUUGCAUUGAGAGGCUGCCAGUCGGGGGCAGAGAGCCAGUGGGUGCUUGGGUAGGCAAAGGACUGAAGAGUGCGUGUGCAAGGAUGUGCAGGUGCAAUGACAAGAAGAAAGCGCGUGGCUUGCUUGCUGCAGGAAUACCGUGUUUUGGCAAGCAAUCUUUACUCCUCGCAGGGUGGUGGUGAGGUGCAACUGCGUGUGUGUGAUGACUGAUGAGUGUAUGCCCGUAUCCCUUCUGUGAAUCUCAUGCCUGAUUUCGUUUAUGGUGAUGCGGAGAAAGCCAGGAAGGAUCUGUUGCAUGCUAUAGGUGUUGCAUUGAGAGUGCGUGAAGUGGUUGGCGUGGCGGGGUUGCCCAGCAGUCAGCACAGUGAAUGUGCGGCGACGAAACUUUGCGCAUCGUCCGCCCGACCAGCCUGCGUGCCAUCCUUCCAUCUUUCCAAUUUUAAACACUGGGGUAGCA